GUGAACGUCUGCCUCCGUGCGAACGGACAGGAUCCUGGGCCAGACUCAGCGGACAGCGUCCAUGGCCACGGAGCCGGCGGACUGAAGAAUGGGCUCCGCGGCCUCGCAGCCAUGGCCAGAUCGACGAACAGAAGCGCGGAGGACGGGGAGUCGCGGGUGUCCGCUCAGACGGACCGCGGAGAGCAGCGGGACCUGGCCGACCCCCGGGAGCUGUCUCUCGAGGAGGUGCUGAAGUCCUACGAGCAGCCCAUCAACGAGGAGCAGGCUUGGGCGGUGUGCUACCAGUGCUGCAGCUGGCUGAGGCUGCCCCGCCCGCUGGCCGGGAGGCUGCACCGGGUGAAGGACCCGUCCUACAUCCUCCUCCACAGAGACGGAGCCGUGUCCUUACAGCCGGAGCUCCGCCACAACGAUGAGACCGAUGGGCCCGCAUCUCCACCCAUCGCAGAGCAUCAGCUGGUCCAGUCGCUGGGCGUGGCCAUCUACCGGGCACUGGACUGGGGGCUGGACGACAGCGAGGAGCGCGAGUUGAGCCCGCAGCUGGAGCGCCUCAUCGAACGCAUGGCCGGCGGAGAGCAGGGCCUGGAGGAGGACUGCACUGCCACCAACGGGACGACGGACGAGGGCUACAGCGGGCAGGAGGAGGAGGAGGCGGAGGAGGAGGAGGGGGAGGGAGCGCCAAGGCCGGUGUGCACGUUUCGCCAGGUGAUGGCGCUGUGCGCGUCUCGGCUGGCCAACCCGGGCCUGGCUCCAGAGCACUACCAGGCGGUGUGCAGGGCUCUGUUUGUGGAGACGCUGGAGCUGCAGACCUUCCUCAUCAAAAUCAGAGAUGCUAAGGAGAUGCUAAAGAAGAUGAGAACAGAAGAAACUCAGGAAGACCGCUGCACAGUGGAACUCGAUGCGUUGAAACACAGAGACUGGGCACGUCUGUGGGUGCAGCUGAUGAAGGAGUUGCGACAGGGCGUGAAGCUGAAGAAGGUGCAGGAGCAGCCCUUCAACCCGCUGCCCACCGAGUACAGCCUCACGCCCUUCGAGAUGCUGAUGCAGGACAUCCGGGCUCGCAAGUUCCAGCUGCGCAAAGUCAUGGUGGACGGUGACAUUCCCACCAGAGUGAAGAGGAAUGCUCACGAGCUGAUUCUGGACUUCAUAAGAUCAAGACCUCCGCUAAAACCAGUGUCAGAGCGCAGCCUCCCUCCUCCUCCUCAGGAGCAGCAGUCUCUCCAUGACCAAGUCCUGGCUGAGAUCAAGCAGGAGAGGAAGCUGAGGCCCGUGAUUCCAGACAGCUCCAGACCGUUUGGCUCUCUGCCCUGCCUCGCUCAGACUUGUCCCUGUAAUGUCAAAUCUACUUCAUGCAUUGACCUGUCUGUCUCGGAGCCGGGGCCCCGGCAGCCAUCCCGCCCUCGCGUCCUGCUCAAGGCGCCGACUCUUGCCGAAAUGGAGGAGAUGAACAUAUUUGAGGAGGAGGAGUCUCCGGAUGGAGGGGAGCUGAGGAGGACAGAGAGCUCCCCCACGCCUCUCAAACGGGAUCGCUCCUUCUCUGAGCACGACCUGGCCUUGCUCCGUGGAGAGAUGCUUCCUUCGCUGUCCGAGUCAGCCCAGCUGGGCGGGGCAGUCAGACUGAGGGGCGAGAGGCCGCGGGCCCAGACACUGUCGGGCGCCGGGCCGCCCCCUGCAUACAGAGCCUCCCUGCCAGUUUAUGGCUGGAUGCCCCCGUCCCCGGCCCGUCUGUCCCUGAGUUCAGUCGACGAAACCACAGAAGGAUCAGAACCAGCGUCCAACUCCAGAGCUGGAAAUGAGCACCAGUGGAUGGAGGAGUUCAGCCACCCCGUGGAGAGUCUUGCCUUAACCGUCGAUGAGGUCAUCAACGUGCGCCGCGUGUUGGUGAAAGCAGAGAUGGAGAAGUUCCUCCAGAGCAAAGAGCUCUACAGUAACCUGAAGAGAGGCAAGAUUUGCUGUUGUUGUAGAGUGAAAUUCCCUCUCUUCUCUUGGCCAUCCACCUGCUUACUGUGUAAAAGAUCAGUCUGCGGCUCCUGCAGUGCUAAGAUGAAGAUCCCCUCAAAGAAGAUGGCCCACAUCCCCGUGUACACCGUGGGCUUCCACAGCACUCCAAAGAGCCAUGGGCAAAAAAGCCAAGUUUAUAAGUCCCUCCGCAGCCUCUCGCGCCGCUCGGUGGAGGAGGAGUUCCCCCACCUGUACGCUCACGGCUGCACCCUGCGCGACAUCUGCGCCGACUGCACCAAAUUUGUCGCCGACGUCAUUUCAUCCAGUCGCCGGAGCCUGGACAUCCUCAACAACACUCCCAAGAGGGAGAGCAUGGCCGCUGCCGCCGCCGCCGCUCAGAGGCCGCAGCCGUCCCACCCCCAGACUCAGCCUCGCCCUCACACCUCCCCACACGGCCCGCAGUGCCACGCUUCGCCUCUCCUGCAGUCACAGCGUCACCCCCAGCUCCCAGCUCCCCAACCCCUCCCUCGUCAUCCGCAGCAGCUUCGUGCAUCGGUGCCGUCACCGCAGCUCCCCGCCUCCAAGAGGAUGAACAACAUGAACCAAUGAGUAGAUGUGCUUGACAGGUCAGAGGUGGCUCUGGAUGAGGUACAGUAGCGGUGACACUGUGAAUGUAACGGGGCGAAGCUGCCGACGGCACGUUUUAACUGGUGCGGAGUGACGAUGUGAACUGAGCAGGUGAAACUCCCUCCUCUCUCACGCCACGUGGACGCUUGCAAUCUGCUCUGGUUUUGUAAACACUAAGUAAACCUCAACUGCAAUAAAAUCUAACGUCAAACACGA